AUGACGCGUGCUGGUGAAAAGCUCGCCGAUAAAUCUUCUGACGACCAAGGCAAAAACCAGAAUAGCGACAUGGAACGUAAGAACCUUAUACGAAAGCGGAAAAAUCGCUCAGGGUCUGCCUCCACGCUUUUUCCGGAUCCUCCCAGUCAAACGUCACCAAGCUCAGGGUGGGGAGUGAUGUGUGAGGUGGGCGUGGCCAGAAUUCAGCUCCUCUCCCAGGCCCAAGCUGCGCUCCUGGGACCCCCAGACUCUGAAGUGGGUGGGAUGGCGCUGACGGGGUCCCCGGCUGAGACCCUGUGGAGAAGCUGCAACUUCGUCAUGGCCACCUUCUUCUCGCUGGCUACCUAUGUACAGAUAAAUGACCCAGAUGCAGAACUGUGGAUGGUUAUAUACAUGAUACCUGCUAUCCUUACUCUGCUUGUUGGACUUAAUCCUCUGACCACAGGCAAUUUUACUUGGAAGAGCCUUGCGAAGCUACACUUAUUCCUUUGCACUCUGGGAACAAUUAACUUGGGCUUCUACCUCUUCCUUCAUAUGGACAGGAACAUCUUACAUGAGGAGGAAGGCAGGGAGCUCUUCGGACUUGGGAUUAUUAUAAUAUGGCUGAGUCUUUGCCACAUUUCAACAAAAAAUCCAAUUGGUAGAAGAGUUCAACUGGUUGUUGCCAUUACUAUUUCUCUUUGCCUGUUUAUCACAUGGGUCUACAUAUAUGUAAACAAAGAGUUGCGUUCCACUUGGCCAACACACUGCAAGACGGUCAUUUAG